AUGUCCACUACCCAGACAGCAGCAUCUCCUGCUAAAGGUCGUCAAGCAUCAGGAUCUGGAUCUAGCUCCGUCACCCAGAUCUACGAAUUCCCCAACGACACGCCUGUCGAGAAUAUCCACGUAUGCGACAAUGGGAAGCUCCUCCUCACUUCCACCGGCACCAACACAGUCUUCAGCCUCGACCCCUCUGCCCCAUCCCCCUCGCCCAAUGUGCUCGCCACGCUCAACGGCACCACAGGCCUCACGGGCAUAGUAGCCAUAGCACCCGAUACCUACGCCGUCAGCGGCGGCGCGCACUCGUCCUACAGCUUCGCCAACAACAGCAUGUCCGUGUCCGUCAUCUUCGCCCCGGGAGCCUGCAACGUCGGCACAGUGCUCUACAGCAUCCCCGUGCCCAACACGCAGAUGCUCAACGGCAUGGUCGCGCUCCCGGGAACGCCGCACGUCGUGCUGUCUUCUGACUCGAUCGGGGCGCGGAUAUUCCGCAUCGACACGCUGACGCGCACAGUAGAUGUCGCGUUCGCGGACCCUUUGCUCGGACCGGGCGCCAUCGUGACACUUGGUGCGAACGGGCUGAAGAUCCGAGAUGGCUAUUUGUACUUUGCGAAUUCUGGACAGGGGUUUUUCGCGAGGGUCGCGAUUGAUGGGCAGGGGAAUAAGGUGGGGGAUAUCGAGACGCUUGCCUCGCUGGAGGAUGUUGGAUUUAGCAAUGCGUAUGAUGACUUUGCGUUUGAUGGGAGCGGGAAUGCGUAUGUGGCGUUGCACUCCUUUUCGGUGGUCAAGAUCACGCCGGAGGGGGAGCAGACGGUGUUUGCGGGGGGUGGGAAUAGCACGUUUUUCAAGGAGCCUACUUCUGUUGCGUUGGCGGGGGAUGGGAAGGCGAUUUUCGUGACGACGGGGGGUGCUACGGUGGAUGGGACCGUGUAUGGGGGUCAGGUGAUUAAAGUUGAUCUCUGA